UAAAAUGAUCAUACAUCUAAAUUGCAAAAUUCAAAGUUACAUGACUGUAUGCUCAAAAAGAUAGUGUUGGAAUUUGGAAUGAACUAGUAGGAUUGUGAUUUGUAAUUAUAUUUUGUGGAUAUAGGAAAGGAGAUAUAUUUAAUAAAGUGCAGCUGUUGUGUGCAGUGGGAUAAUUAGUGUAAAGUAUGGAAUUAAUGUUGUCUGCCUUGGAGUGCACAGACUGGCAGGGUAAGGCGGUAGCAGAUGGCGUUGAUUUUUACCCAAAAGAGAACGAUCCUUGCUUGCACUGUCGCUGUGAAAAGGGCUAUUCUACGAUGUGUAAAACAGUUUCAUGUGCCCCACCAAACUGUCCAAAUUGGAAAGCAAUUGCUGGAUUUUGUUGUAGGUUUGAGUGUUUGGACAAGAAUGGAGUAGCUACAAAACCAGAGAACAGUACAGGACCACCCUCACACAAUGGCGAUGUCUCAGGAACACCAACAGACAACACAGUAACUGAUCUGGGUUUGAGACUUGUGGCUAGCACAGUGACCACGUUUCUGAUCCUGGCACUGUUGUUGUUUCUGAUACACCGGUUCAGGCAGAGGAGGCUACUCAUGACUCUAAGAAGGUAUAGUCGGAGACGAGAACAACUGGAUGACCUAGAUAGCAUAAGUUAUUCGCCUGACUUCUAUCAUGUCCAGUGUCCUCCAUAUGAGGACCCACCACCUCCAUACACCCCACCUAAACCUCUGCCUGGAGAGCAACCACCUCCAUAUGAGUUAAUAGAUGGUAACCCAGGGGAACAAGGGAAUGAGGGGCAGCAAGGGAGCGAUAUCACUUCACCUAACUUUGAUCAAAAUUGCAAUAAUGUACUAAAUGGAAAUAAUGCAGGCAGGGAUAUAAAUAUUGAAGGAAUAUCACAUGCUGCUAAUGGAAGUAAUUCAUCAAGCGCUGGAAAUAAUGGAAACAUUGGUAAUAGUAGUGGAAGGAUAAAUGCAAAUAGUAAUGUUAUAACAAAUGGAAAUAAUAGUGCUGGAAUAAAUGGAUGUGUAAGAAUACAAAAUGAUGUAAGUCAUCUCACUAGGGAUAAUGACUGUCGAAUAGAAAAUAGCUCCCUACAGCAGAGGUCUAGAAAUAUGCAAACUUUGGAGCCAUCAAAUGUUGAAAAUCGGAAUUUAACAAGUGUUCAUUUUAAAAAUAAUCCUAUUGGACAAUCGAGUAUAACAAUGGGUGUGCAGAAUAGAAACAGAAAUAAUCGCAAUAGAUAUUCCGAUGGAAAUUUUAAUCUAAGUCCCAGUCGGAAUGUUUCAAAUAGAAAUAUGCCAGUAGCUUUUAAUGAAAAUACUGCAGCUUUAAAUUUAGAACUACAGAAUACUGUUAGAAAUUUUAGAAAUAGAAAUAUUCAGAUGACUAAUUCUAAUAGGCAUAGUGUUCCCAAUACUGGUGAUAUAUCAUCUAGUACGACAGAUAUUGGUGAGUCAACAACUUCAGCAGAGUCAUUAUCAAGUAGUCCAGAAUCACCACACUUUGAUGCUGAACCAAGAAACCUUGAUAGAUUAGCAGGCGAUAUAUUGGCAGAUGAUGCUAAUUCUACAGUGAAAAGAUUUUUAGAUCGUCAGUUUGGGCCAGUGCCAAAGAACCGACGCUAUCCAACUACAAUGUCGCAGUCUUGGACUAGUGCUCAAGUAUCACCGCCUGGCCAAAGUUUCCGACAGAGUAUUUCAUUAGGAUCAUUCCCUCCAAAACCAGAAUCUCAGACAGUUCAAAAAAGUUCCAGUAUGAUGUCUGCUGCAAAUGUUGGCGGACAGAAUUUAUCAAGGUCAAAAUCAGAACAUUUAAAAACAAAUGGUAGUUUAAUCAAUCAGCCAUAUAAAGGUGUAACCAAAAGCCCGUCUCGAAACAUGCCACACGCAGGGCAUGCAGUGAGGGUUGCCUAUAAAGAAGCAGAUGAGCUUUGCCGCAAACAUUUGCAUAAGAGAAAUUCAUGCGAUUCAAAUUUCCGCUCGACAAAUUCUAGUCAAGAUGAUGCCAUAGAUUCUAAUGCUAGCGUGCAUUCUGGUCAAGUAGGAACUGAGUCAUCGAGACUAACAGCAGCCAUAUUGGAUCCUGGAGACAUUAUUGUGACCAGAAGACAAGAUGAGUUGCGCAAAUUGAGACUAAGUCACUUGCUAAAUAAACAAACUUUCUCUUUAGAUUCAACAAGUGUGGAUUGUUCUAAUCAUACUUGUAAUCCUAGACAGUUACAAAGGUCUUUGAGUGAGAAUUCUGUGAACUCUAUGAGUGUUUGCUCAGAGACUGGCGAGAAAAAUGGUGCUGAUGUUGCCAUUAGCAAUGAUGCACCAUACCCGACAAACUCUUACAAAAACUUUCUUCAGUCUUGUCUGAUAAAUAGGUCAGACUCUGCAGACGGUACACCGAGUCAACAGUUGCCAUCCAAUAAACACUUGCCUCUUAAUCAACCCUUGCCACCAGAUCAGCAGUUGCCUUUGAGGCAAAAUAACAUAGAGGCAAGAGACCAGGCAGCAUAUUCCUCAACAGGUGAAAUAUCCAGUUGUAAGUCCACACCUAAGAAAGAUAGUGCUAAAAUGGAGACAAGAAGAAAAUUGCCAGAUAUUUCAAUGAUGCAUAGCUGGCAUGGCGGACAGAUGGACUCGUGUGAUGACAAUGUUUCUGUUGGAAGGUUCAGUAUGAACACUUUAGGGAGAAAUGUUGAUAGAAACUUUGAAAAGAAAACUUACUUGGAUAAAGAUGUUUCAAACAUGUUUUUUCCAUAUUAUAAACCAAGCAAUUCAGUAGUUGAAAUAGACAAAAACUGUGUUCCAAGUAGUGAAAUGAGAGCCUGUGCAUCACAGUUAUAUAAUUACGAAACUGAAGAAUUGCAAGGAAAGAAAGACAAAAAGAAGAAUUUAUUUAAGAGGCAUUCUGCAGGCUGUAUGCCCAUGCCUGUCCCCGAACCCAAAACACACUCCCCACGUGCUAUACAGAAACAAUAUCAGCGUUUAAAAAGUUCAAAAACACAUGACAGGCAGCAUGUGCAAAGAGUUUCAGAGAAUAGUGCUAAAGAUCAUUCAAGGAAAAGGGUAUCGAGUAGAGAGAGAAAAUCAAGUAAAAAAUUGCUUCAUUUUGGGUGGGAAAAUUCUCCUAAAGUGACAGAUUUAACUCCACCUCAUCUUUUACAAUCUCAUGUAGCAACUGAAAGGCCUACUUCAUUAAACAUAUAUAGAAAUGAACAUACUGAAAGGCCAGACUUGAUUAAUACUCGCAGUUCAGGGAAAAGUGAAAGAAAAAGGUCAAAAUCUCUCGGGAGAGGAGACAUGGUGAAUUCUGCUUCACGUAGUUCUAGUCAAGGCUCACAGUCAAGGAAAAAGAAGCGGCAGUCAAUACCAGCACAAGACCCUUUUCACCAGGAAUUGGAACACGUUCUCCAUCAGCAGAAAUCACCAGUCAAGUCUACCAUGUCACAAUCAAGAUGUCAGCCAAAUGGCCUCGAUAGAAAUCGUGCAAUAACACAAGUUUAAAACACAUGUUAACUUUACUACCUGUUUGAAUUUUUAUGCCCCCGAAGGGAGGCAUAUAGUUUUUGAACCGUCUGUCAGUCUGUCGGUCCGUCGGUCUGUCGGUCCGCAAUUUUCGUGUCCCGUCCAUAUCUUUGUCAUCGAUGGAUGGAUUUUCAAAUAACUUGGCAUGAAUGUGUACCACAGUAAGACGACGUGUCGCGCGCAAGACCCAGGUCCGUAGCUCAAAGGUCAAGGUCACACUUAGACGUUAAAGGUCAUUUUUCAUGAUAGUGCAUUGAUAGGCGUGUCCGGUCCAUAUCUUUGUCAUUCAUGCAUGGAUUUUAAAAUAUCUGCGCAUGAAUGUGUGACACAGUAAGACGACGUGUCGCACGCAAGACCCAGUUCCGUAGGUCAAAGGUCCUAAACUCUAACAUCGGCCAUAACUAUAUAUUCAUUCAAAGUGUCAUCGGGGGCAUGUGUCAUCCUAUGGAGACAGCUCUUGUUUAAUAUGUUUUACCUAUGAAUCUUGUAUUUUACAUUGUAAAUUUUGUAACAUGUGUUGUAUUUUGCUCAUUAAUUAAAGGGGCUUGCCUUCAGAUGUUGAUCAAAAUUGUAGAAACAGUUAAUAGAAAUGAUAUGUACAAUAGAGUUGCAAUAAAACUUGUAGUUCCUACAUAUACAGUAGUUUUUGCUGGAUCACUGUGAAAAUAGAAUGAUUUAAAAAAACAACCACAGUUUUUUUUUUCCUUAAUGCAUGUUAGAAUAAUUCAUGUACACUUUCUGGAUGACAGUUUUGAAUAAAAUAGCAGUUCUUGCACCAACACUUGAUGUGUAAUUAAAACUAUAAAUCAGUAUUUCUCGGUAAUUAUGACUUUGAUAAAAAACACAGCUAAAUUUCUUCUUUUUCAUGCCCCAUUGCUAUUGCAUGACAAACGAAUUGAUGAUUGGAGCAUCUGGGCUCACUCAAGCAGUUCAUUUAGUCUCUUCCGGUUUUCCUAAUAUCUUCUAUGUUUGAAUUGUUCAAAACUACCCUUGAUUACUCAAGCAUUUUCCUCAUUCUGUUUUGACCUUGUGCACUCAGUGCUAUACUGUACACACUGUCUGGAACAUACGCAAUUACUGUACUUUUUCAUGCACCCUGCACUAUAUUCCCUGCACUAUAUUAAUGCAAACAGCUUCUAAAUUAAAAAAUAAUUAUUAUUUGAUUUAAAAUCUGGAGGCAUGCCCCUUUAGCAUUAUCUUUCAUGAAGCUCACAGCUGCCAGAGUUUUUACACAUAAUAGUAGUUUAGGCUUUAAACAUCAAUAAUAUUCUUGGUAAUAUAGCAUUAAUUGUUUAGUCUGUUAUAGUUCAAGAGUAGUUUUGUCGGGUAAUGCUGGUUUUCUAUCAAAUGUAUGCUGAGUGUGCUGUAUUGUGAAAUCUGCUCGACUUUAGUUAUUUAGAGAAAUGAAAUAAUGUUGAAACUUGAUUAUGUUAUAUAUUUUACAUUGUAAUUAUUUCUUUUUAUUGCAAAAGUCCCAUUUGUUUUACGUUUACUGUUGUAUAUCAUUACCUCGUGGCAAAAAGUGGGUAAGUUUUCUUUGUACCAGUGCAUAUAUUCAUUUUUGCAUCGAGGUGAUUUUAUUAUUUUGGCUGUAAUAACUGUGACAUACAAACAGUGAAUUGUUGCAUAAUAACACAUGAUUUUCUGUAUUCUUUGUUUAACAGGAAAUCAAAUCAAGUCAUGUUAGAAUGUUGGAUAUAACUUCAGCUUGAAUUACCUCAUCAGAGAAUAUAAGUUAUUCUAAUAUGGCUGUCUCUGUUAAAACACACUUAGCUAGAACGACGUCAUGUUAACGUGCGGUGACGUCAGAGUUUUUGUUGCGACCAAGAAAGAGCGCUACUAUAUUUUAUCUACUGUUUUAGAUUAAGGGCAUAUUAGAAUUGAAAUAAUUCAUAGCAAAGGCAUGUUUUAGCACCAUUUAUACACUCUGGCGGUAAUAUGUCGUACCAAUGCUCGAAGUAUAACCGCCCAUGGUGCAUAAAUAGUGUUAAAACACUCUUUUGCUAUGAAUUAUUUCUUAAGUAAUUUAGUAAGUAAGUAAAUAAAUAUUUUAAUAUAGUGACAUGUGCAUUUGCUUAUACAACAAAAUAAAUGAAUAUGAAUAUUAAACAGCACCCAGCCCAGUGGGCCUAUAUGUCACCUACAGGAAAAUGGUAAAUUAUGACAUUGUAUAGACAAUGAAUUAUAUGAGUGAAAUGGUAUGACAGAUGGAAAUAGCUAUAUAAAAUGGUUAUACGAGGGCUGUUCAAAAAUAACAUAGACUUUUGCUGCCGGAUGUUGCUUAUUGUGUAAAUGAUAAUGUGAAAUAUAUCGUUGUUAUUCGGAAUCUUUCUGUAAUGUGGUCAUAUAUUUUUUGUAACAUUUUUUCUGUUAGGCGAAGCGUGUCGAACGUUUUUAUUACCAUAGCUACGCAUAACGGCGCAGUCGCUUUUUGAUCUGUCAUGAUUUGAAUUCAAUCGCUAAUGUUCGUACUAAUAGUACACUUGCUUGUCCAAAAAUAUGCCAAAGAGCAGUAAAUCGUCAGGGCGACAUGUACCUAGAGUAUGGCGACAUUCUGAUGUGGGAGACGGAAGAAAACAGCGUUUGAACUAACUGAGUAUUACUGUUAAUAAUGCAUGUGAUGUCGUCAUCGACUAACAUGGAUGGUAAAACAGUUGCUUAGUUAUGGCGAGGAACAACUGAAAAUCAUAAUUUAAUGAAGCAGACACCACAACAAUGUUCAGUCAUCUGUGUCUUUAUCUUAAAGUGGUACAAACGAUUCUCAAAUGGUCCAGAAUUGCUUAAAAUAGUAAAGAUUGAGGGAGAAAACGGAAAAAACUGCGAAUGGACGUUAACAACAAUGUAUGACGCCGUAGAUAAAGACUAAGUACUCACAUUGAGUACUCUGUCUGAGAUGCGUGUCGUAAGUGUUCAUACAUUUUUAGCAUUCUAACCAAAUAACUUCUUAUGACUUAAGUAUUGCUCAUUAAAAUUUAUAAAAUAAAUUUAUAAAUAUGAAGUAAUGUAAACUUAAUGAAAGCAUCACAAUGAAGGCGCGACAUCGUUAACAUCGUGAAUAUGAUCGCCGUGGUCCGUGUAAGUGACUGUUUUCGAGGAAGCGUAACUUCUGAAUGCAUGAUCAUAAUCACGUCAAAUUUGCAGUGCAGUUAGUAGAAAGACUGCAUCAUGAUGGUAUAUUUCUUGUUUUGCUUUAUUAAAGUUUAUAAAAGCUAGAGAAAAAGUCUACGUUAUUUUUGAAGAGCCCUCGUACAAAGUAAAUACUGUGAAAUCAUUAUUCAUGGGGGAUUAAUUUUCGUGGAUGAGCUCAACCACGAAUUUAAGUCCCAACGAACAAAUUGUGCCCACUAUAAUUUAAAUAGUAAACAAACUCUCAAAACAAGACACCAUAGCCGUUCAAUCUGAUUCGUAGUUGUAUGCAUGCGGCAGUACUAACCUGCAGCUUUCGUGUAGGUUAUUGAGGCUCCAUCAACGAUAAACAUAGGUAUGCGUGGAAACAAAACUGACUAUUUAAUUUAGAAAUGUACCAAUGGUUUGUUUAUGACAUGCUUUUCAAAGUAAAAGUAGAUAGUAAAAAUAGAAGUUUGACAUAGCGUCAUGCACCAGCCGGACUAUAAUACGGCUGUUAUUUGAUUUUUUUUCGGCCUCGCUAUGCAAUGUUUAUACACUAGCCGUUAUUUUUACUGACCUGAAGUAAAAUACUACGACUUUGGAACUAUUAAAUAUCAUAAAUUAAUUGCUAGAUUUGCGUCCUAUGCAUAAAUACUUAAUUCACAUUACACGUAUCUCGGCAGGAAAUAACACAUGCACAAUUUCAACAGCAUGUAAUUUUAGAUGCAGACGUGCCAUUCAUUUUGAAAAAAAAAAUCGGACCAGUUUAUAAUAGUUUAUGAAGGAUUACUACUAGUACUACAGAUUAAAAACAACAUUAUUUAAAUCUAUUAUAGUUUGUUUUAAUUUGCAGUAUAAUAACUAGUUUUUGUUGAAAACACGGUCAAAUGAUCAACGAUCAACUUUAUAUUUGUUUCGAUUAUGAAUGCUAAUUGUGCAAGCUACUAUGGUUUUGACACUUUUUAAUUGGCACCGACUUUUCUUACUGAAUAUUUCACAGUUUUAAAAUGUUUUGCAAAUUAGGGAUCACAUAAUUAUAGAUAACGCGGUCAUUAAUUGGCACAUGAUCACUCACUAAUCUCCUGCUGCAUAGAUUGCAAAUUCAGUAACCAUGGUAGCGCUGUCUGACACGUGUAGGUUUCACAUGUAAGGAACCCAAGCAUCUGUAGAUCUAUUCCUGUAGAAAUUAUGUUUUUUUUUAUUUUUAUUUUAUUUAAUUUUUUUUACAAAAAAUGAAAAUCAACGAAUUUAUGCCCCCACGAAACAGCCGUUUUGGCCAGAACCACGAAAUUUUGUGCCGACGAAUUUUUUUUUACAAAAAAUGAAAAUCCACGAAUUUAUGCCCCCACGAAACAGCUGUUUUGGCCAGAACCACGGAAUUUCGUGCCGAUGAAAAUAAAUGAUUUCACAGUAUACAGAGUUUCAAACAAUACCAAUUGUAAAGAAUAAAUUUGAGUAUUCAGUCAGACUGUGUUAGAUUAUAAUUUGUUAAAGAUUUUGUUGUAUUACAGCUAAAUUUUAUUAUAAGUAGUUUACAUAAUUUUAUCAGAUAUUUUUUUUUUGUAAAGAUUAUUUUUUUUUAGAUUUUAACAACUUACAUUGUAGCUAAGAUGAUUUUAUGAAGAAAUUCUUGUUAACUCUUAUUCAAUAAUUGAUGUUGGGUUAUAACUUGGUAACUUAUUAAUAUAAAGUAAAAACUUGAAAGUCAAGAUCAGAAAGAACAGGAAACAUGAUCAGAAUCUUGGUGAUUUAAGUAUAAAACUAGUAAUACAUUGUAAUUGUUUGGGUAUUAACAUUGUAAGAAUUUAUUAUUUGGUAACAGAUGUAAUUUUUUGUAUGGCUUUAUAAAACAGUAACUUGGUAUGGUUAUAUGGUGAUAUUAUAAUAGAUAUUAGAGAGUUUUUUUCACUUUAAGAAGUAGGGCUGUGGAUCGUCGGACAAGUGGCAAUCCGAUCCGAUUCGCGAGUUGGGGCUGGCGAUUCACAGUUCGAACCACAAAUCACCAGCAACAACUUCUUUAAUGAUACAAAACUGCAAGACUGUUAUAGAAGUACCGUUUCUUUAUGGAAUCUAAACUUUGCAGUUCUCAUGGUGCUCAGUUUAACAAUUAUGACUUAUGUUUAAUGUUUUACUCAUUAAUUAAAGCCAGGUUUAGCGGGUGGACUUGUGUAAUGUUCGGCCAUUCUUGCAGAUGAACGCUAUGAUGUCGGUGAUUAAUAUCACAAUAUUUAGUAACAGUUUCGCAUUUUUUGAUAAGAAAACUUUAUUUGCUGGAAAGAAAUUUUGUAUUUAACUUUUUAUUAAAUUUAAUUUCUUAAAUGAUAAAUGUUUAUUCACUGUUUUGACAGAUUUCAUAUUAAUUUUAGUUUGAAUAUAAGACCGAUGCUAACUCUACCCAAGACAUUUGUUUACAUCUGGUUUAGAAUCUGACAACGCUUAAUCAUCUUAGAUGUGCAAGAAAAUUCAUUGAAGACGUUCAGUAUGGCUUUUAUUUAGUUUUAUUGAUAGAAUUUUAAAUAUUGCAUGUAUUAAUGAAAAAGAUCGGAUCCAACGAAUUUGACAAUGACGAAUAUCAGUACUCGAACUUUUGAUCAAAUUCGUGGAUAUCAGAGUACUGGGAUACUCGUUACAGCCCUAUUAAGAAGGUUAAAGUUUAAGUAAAUUUAAUGUGUUUUUAGUCCCCUACUGGUGGAAAACAGGAGGUGACUGUAGGAAUGCCCUCCGACUCCGUCCAUCUCUCCGCAAAUCUAGAUUCUGCAAUUACUCGAAAAGGUAUUCAAGAUAGGUUCAUAAAACUUGGUAUGGGCAAUAUAUAGAUAAAAUUAUGCACCUACAUGAUUUAUGGUUGUAAGUCAAAGGUCAAGGUCACUAUUGAAGGUUAAGUAAAAAUUGUUUCUGCUCCAUAACUUAUAUGCAUUGAUGGAUUAUCUUUUUUUUUAAUGCUACACACAAAAUGUCAACAGGUCUAUAUUUGUCAGUUAAAGGUCAAGGUCACUGUUUAAGGUCAAGUAAAAACCUGUUUCUGCUCCAUUACUUAUAAUUCAUUGAAGGAUUUUUUUAUUACUACAUAGAAAUGUUCCCCAUGAUUAAACUGUGUCACGCACAUGACCCAUGGUUGUCGGUCAAAGGUCAAGGUCACUAUCGAAGGUCAAGUAAAAUUAUUUCUGCUCCGUAACUUUUAUGUGCAUUUAUGGAUUAGCUUAGUACUGCACACAAAUGUUCCCCAUGAGGAGACAAUGUGCUAUGCGCAUGAUCUAUGCUUGUAGGUCAAGUUCACUAUGGAAAUUUAAGUAAAAAUAUUUUUUUUUUCUUUAACAUCUCCUAAAUGCCCCGAAGCAUUUUCAGCCCUAACACUUGCCAACAACCACAAGGGAUUAAUAAAGUUUUCCAGCAGUAGGGGACUUCUGUAUUGCCAUUGCAAUACUCUGUCACCUGUUUUUCAAGAUAUGUUAAAGUGUCUAUCACUGCUUUCUGUUGGUUAAGAAAAUAUUAAGGUGUAGACACUUGGUACUUAUACUCAUACUUGUCUUAUCUGAACUUCAGAUCAGCAUCAUUGGUUAAAUGUUGAAGUAUGCUGAAAAAAAAAAAUGAUGAAGGAGACUAAAUUUCAGCAGCUUAUUAAUCCAUUGGUUGUGUAUUGCUCACUGAUAUUAUUUAUUUAUUGAUCAUUCUUUAAAUUGUGUAUUGUAUGUAAAUAAUAUUUAUAUGAUAGUUCAACAAAAGUUCAGUAUAUUGUAAUUUAUUUUAGGGCUGAUGUGAUGAAAAUUACACCAGUGUUGCCAUACUUGUUUAUAGCAAUGUUUUUGUUGCAGUUAAUGUUAUGGUUUGUAAAUGUUAGGAAAAUAUCUACCAAAUGGUAAUGUAUCUUGUGCAAAAUUAGUUAAUGAUAUUUUACAGUUUCUUAUUUCUUUCGAAGUGUUGUUUUGUUAUAAUUUAAAGUUGCCAUGGUGGUAAUAGUAAAAUAUUUUGAUAGAUAUACUGUCAUUUUAAAUGUUUUAAUUUAGGAGUAUUGUAUUGGUGACUAUUAUCCUUUUGUGGCAUAACCUUUUAUUAUUGGCAUGAUUAUUUUUUUGUGUGAUUUUAAUUUUUUUAGUAUUUUUGUUUCUAGUGUUUCUCACUCGAAGAGUAGACACUGUUGUUCUGACUUGGAGGGGAAACACUGUUGUUUCUGAAUUGAAGAGGAAACACUGUGACUGUUGUUUCUGACUUGGAGGGGAAACACUGUUGUUUCUGAAUUGAAGAGGAAACACUGUGACUGUUGUUUCUGACUUGGAGGGGAAACACUGUUGUUUCUGAAUUGAAGAGGAAACACUGUGACUGUUGUUUCUGACUUAAAGGGGAAACACUGUGACUGUUGUUUCUGACUUAAAGGGGAAACACUGUCGUUUCUGAAUUGAAGAGGAAACACUGUAACUGUUGUUUCUGCCUUAGAGGGGAAACACCGUUGUUUCUGACUUUAAGAGGAAACACUGUGACUGUUGUUUCUGCCUUAGAGGGGAAACACCGUUGUUUCUGACUUUAAGAGGAAACACUGUGACUGUUGUUUCUGACUUUAAGAGGAAACACUGUAACUGUUGUUUCUGCCUUAGAGGGGAAACACCGUUGUUUCUGAAUUGAAGAGGAAACAAAGUUGUUUCUGGAUGGAAGAGGAAACACUAUUAUUUCUGACUCGGAAGGGAAAAACUGUUCUUUUUGAUAGGAAUGGAAUCACUUUAGCAUCUGACUAGAAGACAAAACAGUGUUGUUUCUGACUCAAAGGGGAAACACUGCUGAUUCUGAGUAGAAAAGGAAAGGAAACAGAAUGUUAAAAUAUUUUUGAGAGGAUUAGUUUUACAGGGUUCUGUUUUCAUGUUAUCAGUCCAAGUUUAAGGUAUCAUGUUGAAUGAUGCGUAAUAUUACUUAUGCCACUCCAGUCCUUUCACUGCUCACUGUAACAGAAAGUUAUUUAUGUUUCUGAUCAAAACCAGUUCAUAACCUGUAAAAAUGAGCUUCACUGAUAUGCAAACUACAGGCGUAUGAGUGGAAGCUUUCUUUAUUUCAGACUUGUUGCAAAUUUUGACCCACCACUUUACAGCAGAAAUUAGUUAUAGUAUCUAAAUCAACUUUUCUUCGGAUUCAACUGAUAAUUUGGCACUGUUAGAAAUGUUUUUGUUUGGAUGCAAUUGCUAUUGAAUAGAUAAGAUUCGUUUUCAGAUAGCUUUUUAAUGAUAAUGUACCAGUACGAGAUAAUUUGUAUUAAUUUAAAAGUAUUAAGACAUUUUUAACCAUCUUCAUUUCUUACCAUCUCCAAGAGACAAGUCUGUAUCAGACAUUUACUGUAGCUGUACUAUCUUAUAGUCAUGUAUCCAAUUGUUGGGUGUUUAACACUGGAUUUUAUGUGUUAAUUACUUGUUUUUGCAUUUAUGUAACAAUGUGUCAAAUUCACUAAUAAAUAUUAUUUUAUUUCGAAAUUGUU